AUUUAGGGUCUUUAUAUAUAUAUAUAUAUAAAUGAUGAACAUGUCUCAAAAUGGGAAGAUAUGUUGUUAUAGACGAUGUGAUGAAAAAGAAUUUCUUGAUGAUCGCAUUGAAAUAAAGACUGUUUUUCCAAAACCGGGAUUUAAUAAGAAGUUGAAAGAAGAGUUUUUAGUGAAAUGGCAUUCAAACGGAGAAGCAGAGUUCCAUGUUGAUUGUUGGGAGAAAGUUUACAUGAUAUCAAGGUCAAGGCCAAAUAAAAAGUUACCGUAUAUGCCAAAAGAAGAAAGAGAACUAGUUGAAACUGCUAGUGAUGCUUUUGAACAAUUUGACAGUAACAGUAAAGUGUUACAAGAAGCAAAGAAGGCUGCUGAAUGGAUAAAAUGUUCUGAUCAUUGUGUAGCCUUUACUGGGGCUGGAAUAUCAACAUCAGCUGGUAUUGGUGAUUAUCGAGGAAAGGCCGGAAAAUGGACAGAAGAUGACCAAAACAGAGCAGUUUCUAUAGCAACAGAUAAAGCGGGUACUGAAACUGAUGAUGAACCACCAGCAAAGAAAAUGAAACCUGGAAGAAGCAUGGAUUCUGGUGAUGAGAAUGUAGAUGAGGAUGAAGAUGAUGAUGAAAAUGAUGGGAUUCAAUACGAAAAUUUAAGACCAACAUAUUCACACGAAGCAUUGUAUAAACUUAUGGAAAGUGGUUAUCUCAAAGGCGUCAUAAGUCAGAACUGUGACGGUCUGCAUGGCCUGUCAGGAAUACCAGACGAUAAACUCUGCGAGCUCCAUGGGAAUGUGUUUAUUGAAGUAUGUGAAAAGUGUGGACAUCGUUAUCAUCGCAAAUUUUAUGUCAUGGACGAUGUAGGGAGCCAGUACUUUGAAGAAAUUGAAGAUUUUGGGAAGUCAUGUGUAAAGAAACCAAAAUUUGCUGUUCAGUGUGAGCUUUGUGGAUUAAGUCAUAGAACUGGAAGGAAGUGUGAUAAUAAGAAAUGCAAGGGAAAUUUGAAUGACACAAUCAUCAAUUUCCGUGACAACCUUGAGGGAGAGAUACUGGAGCGGGCACGAACACAUUCAAGGCGUAGUGACCUCAUGUUGUGCCUUGGUACCACUCUACAGGUCACACCCGCGGCAAACUUGGUUGGAAAGAGAAAAGACAGGCGAAGACUCAUCAUUUGUAACAGACAAGAGACUGCACUAGACAGUCCUCAUCAGAAGAAGGGGGCAAAUGGUGCAGAUAACAGAUGCCGAGUGUUUGGAGAUUGUGAUGUGUUCAUGCGAGAAGUGAUGAGACACCUGUAUACCGAGGAAGAUCUUAAAACAUGGGAGGCUGCGAGACAAGAAAGGAUGAAGAAAUAUGACACUGAACGUGACCCUGUUUGAAUAAGUCACUCGAAAACUGUUUGAAAAAUAAAUUGUUGGAAUUUUACUUCAGGGGAAAACAGUAUUUAAUGUUUUGAGAACUUGUGACUUAAACCCUUUAUCCUGAUGUGUUAGGAUUAACUUAAUUAAAGGGACUCCACUGAGGUUUUUUGACAUGACGGGACUGGAAAUAAUUUUUUGGGAUUAUUACUCCAUCUGAUGUAGACCUAUACUAAUAACCUAUGUACAAAAUUUCGGAUCAUUAGCUCGGUCUGUUUUUCCAGAAUAAUUAUUAUAAUAUUGAAAAAUGACCCAAAAUUGAAAAGCGUUUAAACGCUUUUUAGUCAAAUCGAACUGAGAAUACCACAAACAUAUGAUUUUCAAUGUAUUUCUUAAUUAUAAUUUAUUUAUAUUUCUGUUUUAAGUGCUCAUGCUAAUCUAUGUGAAAAAUAAAUUUUUUAUGUUUUUAGGCUUAUAAACCUCAGUGGAGUUCCUUUAAGAAAUAAGUUUAGUUUUAGCAGUGUUAUUUUGCUAAUUACUAUAUCACCAUUUUGGUGUUUUAAUGUAUAUGUAUAUGAUUUAAACCUGAUUUGCUGUAUAUUUACACUCUUAUCUUUUUUUAUGCAAUGUAUUAUGUUUAGCUGAACUGAUAAGCCUGUGCCACCAGUAUUGAGUCAGGCCAGUCUACACAUCUUUGGAGUUGGAUCAGGCUCUAUACUGUUGGAUACUAUAUAUUUUUUUUGUAUUUUGAUAUUAUAAUCCCUUAAACUUUAAAUAGACUGUUCCAAAGUCAGACCUUGGCAAAUCCAUUACACAAAGGUUAAGGAAGAGACAAUUAUCUUGAGAAACAUCUCAUAAUUGUGUUGGCAUUCAAAUUACAUUAUCAUAUUUUUUUCUCUCUGCCAAGUUAUUAAUUAGCUAUAUAUUUCAAAAUACAUGUACUGUCAUUUGAAAUAGUUAUCGACCAAUAACUGAUAAUGACCAAUGUUUAGGAUAAAAUACAAAAUGUUGAAAAUCUUUAAGAUGUUUGUUAGUCACUUUCAGGGAAUUCAUAUCAUCAGGGACAAAUUAUAAAGGACAUAAAAUGUUUUUGUUAGUACAAUUAUAUGAAUGUGAUAUGAUUUUUGUGUAGAAACUAUAUAGAACUUGCAUAUGUAUUUGACAGAUGUUUGUAUGCAAGUUAAUACUCACCACUGUGAUAUUUAAUUUAUACACAUUUUACAGAAAUUUUGCUACUAUUUGUCUUUCUUACAAACUCAUGAUUUUCUUUUUCUGAAAUGUAUUUCUUAAAAUAUGUAUAAAAUUAACAGUUUGUAUACCAAUAAAUUUAUUACCUCUG